AUGGCACCUCUGGUUUUCAUCCAGAUGGGUGGCACCAUCGACAAGGGCUACCCCAGAAGCCUCAAGGGCUAUGCCUUCGAGAUCGGCGACCCGGCGGCGGUGCGCAUCGCGGAGCGUGCACGCCUGGAUGGCGAUGGUCUGGUGUUCCAGAGCGUGUGCCGGAAGGAUAGCCAGGAGGCUGGGAGACUUUCUGGAAGACAUUCGCGGACUGUACUAUGUGGUGAACUUCUUAAGGUCACUGAUGAGGACCGAAAACAGCUGCUCCGCUGUGUGCUAGAGCUCAAGGACAAAGCCCGCGUGGUGGUGACACACGGCACUGACACGAUGAUCACCUCAGCUCAAGCCCUGGCAGCGGGCCUUGCAGCGGCAGCAAGGGACCUGGUGGUGGUCUUCACUGGUGCCAUGCUUCCGGAGGAGUUCCGCCGCAGCGACGCCGACUUCAACCUGGGCUUCGCGACGUGCGCGGCACAGACGGCGCCUAGGGGGGUCUACGUGGCGAUGGGUGGACGACUCUUCCAACACGACCAGGUGAGUCGCGAUGAAGAGGGACGCUUCGUGGGAAGCUCCUGA